GUGCACAUGCAGUAGUGCAUACUAGGCUGACGAGGGGCUGAUAAUGCGGCCUGGCAGGCGUGAUGUCACGCGAAUAUUUCGAGUCCAUCACUCAUUAGGUUUCUGCUCUCCACCACAUCUGCACGCGAUACGACGCGACUGGCCAUCAUGCCUCCCCGCCAGGCGAAAAUCCUCCAACUUCUGAUCAAGACGCACAGGCUGACGGUGCUCACGACCAUCGCGCCCACCGCGACCGUCGCGGACCUCAAAGCAGAUGUCCUUUCAGCGCUUUCGUCAGAGGUGCACCGGUCCAGCGUAGACGAUGACAUGCCUGAAGUCACAUCUUCGGAGGAUUUUGAGAUAUGCAAGGGCGUCAAGACGCGGGGCAAGCUGACGGGUGAAUUCACGGCUUUGGUGGACUCAAGACAAACGCUCAGAGAUGCGGAUGUCGUGAAUUGGGAGGCUCUAUUCGUGCAGUUUCGCGAUUCGGAAUCAGGAGACCUCUUGCCCGUGAUAUUCCAUCCUUAUGAAGAUGAUGAGGAGGAGGUGACACCACAGUUUGCUCAAGCAGAGGCUUCCACGACGCGAGGAAAGCGAAAAGCACCACCGGAGUGAAGCUCUGAUCGGGCAUGCACACGACUCGACCCACCGGAC